AUGACAACGGCUACAGACUCUGACAGAGGCGGUGUGUCAGUUGUCGUUGUCAGGAUAGACGGCACCACUGCCAAGCUUGAGCAUCACGAACUCGAACCAUCCCUGAUCCCCAUUACAAUGUCUUCGCCUCUUUCCUCAUACGUCUUUGACGAUAAAAACAUGACCUGGAUCACCUGUGAUCUAUGCGCAGGCUCUUUUCAGCGCGGAGCUGAUGGAACAUGCCAGGGUUGUUAUGGAACCAAACUUCGCAGAGUAUCAUAUAGCUAUCUCGCCACAGGAGCAACACCUCCUCGAGCACAAGGAGGCACUGCUCCACCACCUCCUCCUCCUUCAAAGGAUGACAAACCUGAUCACUCUCGCGGAGGCUCAGGUGGUUUCACCGUCUAUAGUCGUCGCGCCUGA